AGUGCAUUCCAGUCCCCGCCUGUCCCCAUGCGCAGCCAGACGCUCAUCAGGACCCAGCGAGACGGGCAGUUACCGGGGCAAAGGAGGCAACUAGAGAGCCGCAAGCCGAGGUACUUCACCCGCUCGCAGGCGGCUCGGGGAUACACGACUCGGAUACAUUGUAUCGCCCCGGGGUCCUGCCGAUGACCGCCCCGACUCGCUGGCUUCUGGUGCCCUCGUGGACUGACCCCGAUCACCGGCGCGUGACUCCAGACCAGUAGCCCUUCGGAGCAUUUUAUUCUGGACUCAGGGUAACUCGGCGCCCGUAUCCCCAAUUUAUAUCUCCGAGGUGCUGGAACCACAGAACCCAUGAUGGUGACCAACAGCACCGUAAUAGAGCAGAUCUUCUACUCCACACCCGGGUGUGACGGCUGGAACCUCUACAUGGAACGAGGCCUCUACCACCUGGCCUGCAUCAUUUUCCUCCUGGCUUUCAUGGGAGGCAGCGGUGUCGUCGGCUGCAUCUUCAUCUUUGGGCUGAUGGCUCUGGGCUUCAUGUGCAUCGCUCUCUGGGGCUGGCUCCUGGCUUGCGGCCUGGAUAUUUUUACAUGGAACCUGCUGUUGACGACCAUCUGCGUCUUGCAGGUCACCCAUCUCAUUUACAGAUUACGGAAGGAGUCCUACGGGGAGGACUAUGACUGCCUCUACCAGACCUUGUAUCAACCCCUUCAGGUCCCCAUGGAGGUCUUCAAAGAGAUUGCUCACUGCAGUGGGAUGCAGGUGCAGACAAUGAGCGCCAACCAGAGCUACGCUCUAGAGGGGAAGACGCCCAUCGACCGCCUGUCCCUCCUCAUCUCCGGCAGGGUGAAGGUGAGUCUGGACGGCCAGUUCCUGCACUAUAUCUUCCCAUAUCAGUUCCUGGACUCUCCGGAGUGGGAGUCUCUGCGUCCCUCCGAGGAAGGGAUAUUCCAGGUGACGCUCACGGCCGAGACGGACUGUACGUACAUCAGCUGGCCCAGGAAGAAGCUGUACCUGCUCUUGGCCAAGGAGAAGUACAUCGCGCGGCUCUUCUCGCUGCUUCUAGGCUUCGACAUUUCCCAGAAACUCUACGCGCUCAACGACAAGCUGUUUGCCAAGUUCGGCCUCCGUUUCGACAUCCGUCUUCCCAGCCUCUACCACGUCCUGGGCCCGCACUCCGAGUCGGCAGGGGACAUCGGACUGGUUGCCGAGCCUUUGGCGUCCCUCCUGCCGCAAGAACCUCCACCCAUCCACAAAGUGCCUCCGACUCUACCUCACCAGCCCCUAGGGAACAGGGCUUCCCGGCCUGAGAGUGGCAUUUUGGGUGAGGACUCCAGCAGCCUAAUUUUGGAGGAUUUUGCUGAGAUUCCUGGUUCUUUUAUGGAUUAUGGGAGCGAGGGAGAGUAUUUGAAGUAAGAGGGGGCGAGGCAGCUGGUAAGGGACCUCCCUGCUCUUGCGUCCUGCAGAAGGGUCACCCGCGGCUCCACUCUCACCUUCGGGCCCCUCUCGCGCCAACUCAGACCCCGGAACUUUAGGGAACAAAAACGCCGACCCCUCGAGAUUCCAGUCCUGCCGUGUUCACGACUCACUAGUGUGUGAAAUUCCACUCGUAAGACCACGCUGACCUCCGUGCGAGGGCCGCCGGGACAGAUGCCCGGUGAGACUGCCUCCCCUCUCCGUGCAGCCGGUCGGGGGCCGCGCAGGAACGCGAUUUGGGAUAAUUCCAGGAGAAAGCGGAGUUACAAAAUUACGCGGAUCCGCAGCAUGCGCCGAGAUGGUUCACUUGGCGGAGGCGCUCCGGUUCGCGGCGGCCCUUCAUGAAACCUUCACGUUGUCUACACUUCUUCUUGACUAUUGAGCAGAGACUCGCGUGUCCUUCCCUGUGAAUGUCUGCGUGGCGGGGGAUACAUUCAUCUCUAUUCACCAUGAACAAACGAGAGUUACUCGGAGAAACACUCCGUCUCGCUCCGUGUUACAUCACAGAAAUGAGAGAAUAAAGUGUCACAUGAUAAAA